CCUCUUUUUUCCAACUUUUGCUUUCUCUUCCCUCCCAAUUUUCUCUUUCUCUCUCUUUUUAUUUUUUUGAUCUCUGACCUAAUUGUCUCUCUUCUCUUCUCUUCUCAUAUUACCACUCAUCUCCAGCCACAACCUAGAGAACACCCCCCAAAAUUCAGUGGGUAUUUCUCAUCUUCUUCUGCCCCCAUCACCUAGAUCUGUCUGUCUAUACACUCAUUGUUUGACAAAAAAGAAAAUAACACUGGGAAGUUUAGUCAUAGCUGAAAGCUGACUCUAGCUAGAGGAUAAUAAUAAGAUUAAGAUCAUCCAUCCAACAAGAAAGAGGAAGUGUGUUUUUGAUUGGAUCCACAAAAUUCAAGAUGACUCCAGUUAAUUUGGCUGGCCAGUUUGGUGACACAACAUACACUAAGGUGUUUGUUGGAGGCUUGGCCUGGGAGACUCAAAAGGAGACAAUGAAGAAGUAUUUUGAGCAAUUUGGUGAGAUCUUGGAGGCUGUUGUCAUCACUGACAAAGCCACUGGAAGAUCUAAAGGCUAUGGAUUUGUUACUUUUCGUGAACCAGAAGCUGCCAUGAGAGCUUGUGUGGAUCCUGCUCCUGUAAUCGACGGUAGGAGAGCUAACUGCAACCUUGCUUCUUUGGGUGUCCAGAGAUCUAAGCCUUCAACCCCAAAACAUGGAGGAGGAGGAAGGAACUUUAGAGUAAUGGGUUCUUUCCAGACAGGAUUUGGAGGGGGAGUGGGAUCGUCUUUUCCUUCAGCAGCAACCUUCCCUCAUUAUGCCAUCCAGCAAGGGAUACCUUAUAAUGUUUAUGGGUACUCUCCUUACUCGCCGGAUUACACUUACCCUACGAGCUACUAUGGUGUGUAUGGAGGAGCAACAGCACAGUACCCGGUUUAUGGAAGUGGAGCUGCUGCUGCAGCGUUCUACCCAUAUCUGCAGUACGGAGAAGGGAGUGGCGGUGGCGGAACUAGCGGCGGCUACAGUUCCGGACAGGGUUAUGGUGUGAACUACCCUCCUCAGGCUCACCUCUUUCAGUAUUCUCCCAUUGCUUCCACUGCAGCCGCCACAGCUGGCUAUGCCCAGCACUAUGGAACACCAGCUAUGUCUCUUGCUCCUUCUCCUGCCUUGCAAUCAGUGUGUUUUGCUGUGCCGCAGGCGUGACCAUGCCUCCUCUUCAAGCUCCAAUUCCUCAUCGCUAGAGACUCAUCUCAAACUAGCUAUGUCAAAACUUCCCAGUCUCUCAUCACUCAUCAACCUUUGCCCUAACCAUGGUGCUCUCUCUCACACACACCCACUCUUUCACUAACACCAAAAUGAAAGUCCAUCAAUGGCAUUUGGGCUUUUCCAGCAUAAGAAGCCUCCCGUAGGGGCUCAAAUGUUUCUCCAUGUUUGGAGAGUCAUGCAUUCCUUUUGUCUCAAAAAAAUAUCUGUUUCAUCUUCAAUGGAAGAAGAGAACCAAACCAACACAAAAGCUAUCGGAUAUAGCUGACUUGUUGGAAAAAAAUUAAGAACAGCAAAGCUUGGCCCUGGAAAGGCCAAGCUCAAAAGAACCAUCUUCUUAACUUGGGCCCAAGACGGGCUAGGUAAAAGUACAGAAUGGUUUCAAAAUUUGUAAAUGGCAGAUCACAGAUCGAUAACUAGCUCAUCAACUAGAAAUUUUAAGUUGCUUCUACAAAAAUAGGUAUUCCCUCCAAGCUAUGCUAAUCACCUCUGGAUGAAGAGGAACUUUUAGCAAUCAUGGACAUUGGAUGUCCCAGCUUUUUUGUAUGGUAACAUCUAGCUAGUCUUAGGCUUUAGUGUUAGGAUCAGUCAUGUCUUCAUAAAUAUGUUUUUAUUUUUAUUUUUUAUUUUAUCAAUUUUCACAAAAAGGGGUUUAACCAGCCAACCAAUUAACAAUCUUCCCUUUGGGUAAGGGGAGGCAAUAUCUAACUACUGUUUUUUUAUCCUGUAAAUUCAAAGAGGCUAAACUAUGGGAGUUUAAGCCCAAUCCACUAAUCUUUAGGAGGGAUAGUGUUUUAAUUUCCCGCUUAGCAUAAGUAGUACAUUUCAUCAUCAUCUUGAGGACUACGUCAAUGGAUGUGGAACUCAAAACACUUGCAUGGAACCCUGGGAGAUAUUUUGGUUCCCUUGGGUACUUCACUUACUCACCAACCAUGGUUAGGACAUAGGUGAAUCUCAUCACUCUCUUUCUCUCUUCUCCCUGCUUUCUGUCUGCCAACUUUUACAUCGAGAUGGACCUUGAUACUCUAUUAAUUAUAUGUUUAAUUAAGCCUAUAUGGUUUGGAUUGUAAUUAGGAAUACUAAAGUAGGAGGAUUUCAUUCUCUGUCCAUGCUGGAUGAGAAUGGAUUUGCUACUCAUUCUACUAUGCCUUUAAUUUGAUAUUAUGCUUGCUUCUAUUCAACCUAUGUCAAGAUAAGCAAAUCAAGUUAAUGCUUCGAGUAAUGUUCAACUUCUUUGUUAUAUUUCAAUCAAGGAUAUUUUGUUUAUGGCAA